UCAUAAGAGAUGGCUUUAUUUCCUGAGUGGUUGGUAGUUAUAUAUCGAAUUGUCAUUCAUGCAGAGUUGCAGUUUUUUGGGUUCUAUAAAUAAUAUUCCAAACUCUUUCCACUUGCACAUGCAGUUUCAACAUUUACUCGUCCUCUCCUUCUUCUUCCUCAAACUUUAGUCUCCUUCUCAGAGAGUUCAUCAAUGGCGGCCAUUACUACUGACUGCAGUAUGUUGAAACCUCAUGUUGCAUUCCUCCCGAGCCCCGGAAUGGGCCACAUAAUCCCUCUGUUAGAGUUCGCCAAACGCUUGGUUCAAGAUCACGGCAUACGCGCCACCUUCUUCCUCAUCUCCACCGAGGCCUCAGCCGCUCAAAACGAUCUCCGCCGCUCAACGUCUCUCCCCGCCGGCCUCAACAUCGUCGAAAUCCCAGACAUUGACAUGUCGGGGAUUCUCAACGACGACAUGAAAGUCCUCACUCGGAUUUCGGCCAUCGCCGGCGAGUCGAUCAAGAUUCUUCCGUCCAUUAUUAAGCGGCUCCCGGAUCUCCCGAAAGCUCUCGUCAUCGAUCUGUUCUGCACCCAGGCUUUCGAUGUCUGCAAAGAGCUUUCCAUCCCCAUUUUCUCUUUCUGGACCGCUUCUACUUGCCUGCUUGCGCUUUCGCUCUACCUUCCGACGCUCGACCGGGAAGUCGUCGGCGAGUUCGUUGAUCUUCCGGGGCUAAUUCAGGCUCCGGGGUGUAACCCGAUCCGCCCCAAAGACCUUAUAGAUCAGUUAACGAACCGGAAGAUUGAAGAGUACAAGUGGUACUAUUAUCAUGUUAGCCGGCUGCCGUUAGCCGCCGGAAUAUUCGUGAACAGUUGGGAGGAUAUCGAGCCAGUGGAUCUUCGCGCUCUGAAAGAAAACGCUUUCUUUCAAAGCAUUCAGAUUCCGCGUGUUAUUCCGAUCGGGCCGUUGAUCAAAAAGGACGAAGAAGUUAACGGAAAUGGAGCGGAGAUUUUGGCUUGGCUUGAUGAUCAGCCGCCGGAAUCCGUUUUGUUCGUGGCGUUUGGGAGCGGCGGGAGUUUAUCGACCAAGCAGCUCACCGAGCUAGCUUGGGGGUUAGAAAUGAGCCAACAAAGAUUCAUUCUCGUGGCGCGUAAGCCGAACGACGCUACCUCAUCUGCUUCAUUCUUCCGCGCCGGAGGUAGCGACGACGGAGAUGAUCCGUUACUCUACUUGCCGGAAGGUUUUGCGAAUAGGACGGCCGGCAAGGGGCUUGUGGUGCCCAACUGGGCCCCACAAGCGGCGGUGCUCGGCCACGCUUCAACCGGGGCUUUCUUAUCUCACUGUGGGUGGAACUCGACGCUAGAAAGCGUAGUUCAUGGCGUCCCCAUGAUUGCUUGGCCGCUUUACGCGGAGCAAAAGAUGAACGCCGCCAUGUUGUCGGAGGAGGUUGGUGUGGCGGUGAGGCCAGUGGCGGCGGCCGGUGAGGAAGUGAUUGGAAGAGCAGAGAUCGAGAGGGUGGUUAAGUUGGCGAUGGAAGGAAAGGAAGCCAUAGCCAUGAAGCGCAGAGUAAAUGAGCUCAAAGACAGUGCAUUAAUGGCACUGAAUGAGGGUGGGCAAUCCUAUAAUAAUAUAAGUAGCUUUGCUCAUACCCUUCUCGAAUAGGACUUGCUAAUUUUCUCAUCACAAUUUCUCUAUCAUAGUGCAUUGGUAAGGUGGCAUGAACCAAAGUGGACCAUCCUAUAAUAAUUUAUGCAUCUUUGCUCAUAUUUAUUUUUUUUUUUCGAGAAUAAUGAGGGUGAGUUUUCUUUGUCAA